AUGGCGGCCGAACUGGUGGAAGCGAUGAACAUGGUCAAAAGUUUCCGGGUCUCAGACCUGCAGACGCUACUGGCCUCAAUGGGUCGCAGCAAAAGUGGGUUGAAGCAGGACCUGGUGGGACGGGCGCUGAGGCUGGUGCAGACCGAAUACAGCCCGGAGCUGCUGAAGAACGUCAGGCAGCUCUAUGAGUCGCGCUUCCCCAAAACAUCUGGCUGGCUGGCGGCGCGGCGUCCAGAGGGCAUCCCAGUAGCCUACUCAUCGCUCAGCUCUUCCCCCACUGCCACCUCUCAGGGCGCAGACUACCUCAACGGCAUCUCCAAACCAAUCCCCACACCUGCAGCAGAGGUCAAACUGGUGCCACUGCCCUUCUACCAAACUUUGGAGACACUGUUGUCACCGACACAGCUAAUUGCCCAGAACAAUGAAAAACUGCAGGACAGUCAAUGCAUAUUUGAGUUAACACCGAACCAGGCAGACCAGAUCAGAAAUGCAAGUGAGCUUCGCCCUGGAAUCAGAUCGAUCCAAGUUGUUCUUAGAAUCUGUUACACGGACUCCAUUGGUGUUCAAGAAGACCAGUAUCCUCCUAAUAUUGCUGUCAAAGUUAACCAGUCCUACUGUCAUGUGCCGGGCUAUUACCCCUCUAAUAAACCUGGUGUUGAACCUCGUCGUCCUUGUCGUCCUGUAAACAUUACUCCCUGGUUACAUCUUUCCAAUGUUACCAACAGAGUCACCGUCACCUGGGGAAACUUUGGCAAGCGGUACUCGGUGGCAGUGUAUUUAGUGAGGGUGUUCACUGCAGCAGACCUCUUCAGCCAGCUCAAACUCUGCUCUGUUGAGAGUGCAGAACGCUGUCGUGAACGCAUUCAAGACAAACUACGUUUCGACCCAGAGAGUGAGAUUGCCACCACAGGCCUGCGAGUUUCUCUCAUUUGUCCACUGGUGAAGAUGCGGCUUGGUGUGCCAUGUCGAGUUUUAACUUGUGCCCAUCUUCAGUGUUUCGACGCAGUCUUCUUCCUGCAGAUGAACGAGAAGAAGCCCACAUGGACUUGCCCUGUAUGCGACAAGCCGGCUCCCUUUGAGCUGCUCACUAUUGAUGGGCUGCUAUCUGAGAUUCUGAAAGAGACAAAUGAGGACAUUGAGGAGAUUGAAUAUUUAACCGACGGCUCCUGGCGACCCAUCAGAGAUGACAAGGAGAGGGACAGGGAAAGAGAGCGCAGCAACACACCAGAGUACCCUGUUGUUGAUAUAUGCAUUCCUGAGGCAAACGGUCAUUCACCGGCCUACAGCAGCACCAGUCUGACGGGCAAAUCUGGAAGCGGUUCGGUGGGGGCGGCAGGAGUCACAGGAGGAGCUGCUGUGGCACCGGGAGGAGGCGCAGUGGUAGAUCUGACUCUUGACUCCUCCUCUGAGGAGGAAGGGGGCGGGGCUGGCGGAGACAGUGACACUGAGGACAGCGCUGACAGUCCUGCCCCGAAGAGGGGCCGAUACAACUACGACAAGGACCUGGUCACUGCCUACUGACCCCGCAGCUCUGGCCCCUCAUAGACUGACACACACACAGAGACAGAGAGGCAGGGGGCUAAAAAACAUGAGGACAGGAACACAGUAAUCCACUAGAUGCAACGACCUUCCCUUACACCCAAACAUCAGAGCCUUUUAGCAGCUCGGGUUUGUAUCCAGACAAAACCAACACACUCUAACAUGCACUGUCCAUGAAUCUCCAAUCUAGAACGAUUAGGAUUCCUGUUUGUACUGUACACCACUGGAAGCAACUCUAACUCUUUUUGGCCAACCAUCAUCUUGCAGUGAAUAUCUGUACCGUCCUGCCUCUACUAAAGGGACUAAAUGGAUCGAGCACCCCCUCACGUCCAACACCUCCACCAACCCCUCCCCCCUCCCUCCUCUCUCCAGACUAUUUCCUCUCUACCACCCCAUCUCUCUUUGUAUUUGACUUGGAUUUACAGGCUCUUUUAGCCGCGGGCGUUCAAUGUUUGCGUCUCUGAUUUUUGUCACAUUUGUGAUGAACAGGCAAGUUGAAAAUGGAGGCACCUCAAUAGUUUUUUUGGUAAAAGGUCAAAAACAACUAAUGGAAACAGAACAUGAAUCAUGUGGGGAGGACAAGGCGGAGAUUUCUGGAGUGUGAUGCAAAUUUAAACCUCUCCCACUGUGUUAUUAUUUCUUUGUUCAGAGAAAGAAUUCAAAGCUUGAAAGGGUUUUUUUCAGGAAUUUAUCCUUUUUUAAUUAUGAAAUAGCAGAACACAAUACUGGCCUCAAUGUGUGAAGCUUUCCAUUUUUAUUUUGUCCUUUAGAUAAAAGAGAACCUACCUCAGUCAUAAAAAAACUUAGCAGACUGACCAGAGAAUAGCUUAGAAAGAAGCGAAGGACCGAUGAAUUGAUUGAGUCUUUCUAAAGCCAAUUUUACACUGGAGAUUUUGUUUUCCUACAUUUUUCUUUCUUCUUUUUUUUCCUUUGAAAUUCCAUCGUUCCAUGCAGCUGUUUCCUCUGGAGCUACCAAAACGUUAAAGGCGAGUUUGUUUGUGGAUAACCUGGCUAACUGUAGUUGUCAAAGAUGCAGGUGAUAAAACAUUACUGCAGUUAUCUUUGCUGUAACAGGAUUUAUUAGGUUUGAUGUAUCAGCAUUGCGUAUGGACAUAACUCAUCAAAAUUACUGUACGGCAGCUGUGCCAAAGUAUUUUCAAUUUCAUUGACAGGAAAUGGUUAUGAGAUUUUGGUGCCUUUUUGGUAAUUAGUGAAGAAUGGAGCCCAUCGUUGUCAGGCUAGCUGAGCUGGCCAACAGAUGAGAUCCCAUCCUGACAGGGAUUGUUUUUAUUUCAUUGAUUAUUUUCCUAGUUUGUUUUCUUUUUUCUUCCCACUGAGAGAAAUGGACAGAAGCAAAAAUAAUCUGUGGUAAAAGACAUAAAAGAGUCAGAAGUGCUGUCAUCCUUUUUGCCCACAUUUUAGUUUGUUUCUCUGAGAGAUUCGUAUUUAUUUAAUUGCCUCACAUUUUCUCAACAGUUGUUUGUAAUGAAUCUACAUAAUAUUUGGCAACAGUUGCGUACAGACGAGAGCUAUUAGUUGCGGAAAGCGGGACACUCCUGCUGCUGCUGCUGCUGCUGCUGCGGUUUGAACGUUGAGUUAUAAUUGGUCUGGGCUCAUGGCUCCGCUGUUAACGACGUCUCUUUUCUUUUCCGCUGAAUUAAUCCGGCCUGGGUCAAAGCACCAUUCAGAGUACUUUGCUGCGGUGAGUUCAACAUGUCUGACACAACAAAACUUAAUGAAGUGUCAAUAAGUGCAACCCCACCAAGCUUUAAGUCAUUGAUUGGAUUACAAAUUGUCCUGUCUGGAACAAGUGGAGCUGCUUCAACCAACAAUCCCCCUCGGCCUCCUUCCAAUGUAGAUAAGGUCACGCCUAUUUGCUGGAAUAGAAUUGGACUUUAAUUGCUACAUGCUGUAUACUUAUAACUAAUAUUCCUCUGCACCUGCAUUAGUGUUGACAGUAUGUGACGGCUGCUCCUCAGUUAGGUUAGCUUCAGAUCUGUCUGCAGGGAGGUCGUCAGCGUUCGCUCGAUGAGGAAAAAGGCGUUGCUGUGUUGCUAGAGCUGUUUGCACAUUCAUCUAACACUUCAUCCCAAGUUUAUGGCUUUUUUUUUUUUUUUUUAAGCCAUUACGUAGUGAGUAUUAAUCAAGGAUCCCUGACCACUGUGACCAGUUCUCCUCAACCAUCUCACGCAAGAGGAUCAGAAAAUGUGAAACUAGAAAAGUGGCGUGUGAGGCUCUCACAUGUGACUCAAAUACGUUCUGCAUGGUUGUUUCUCUUCAUCAUACAGUUUGUUUUGUUUUGGAUUUUUUUACAGUUUGCUCAGCACAGAAUCUGCUUCUUUUGCCUUGCUCAAAUGCACAGAGAUAGACAUUGACACAUUGAUCCGGGACCUCACUGUUGCAAGUGCAUCCUCUGAUAGGGUUUGAUGACUGAAAAAGUAGGUCGAGUCAAAUCUGGUCUUCCAUUUUUCCUCUUUCUUUUGACAUUUUGAGAUAGUUUAAAAUCAAUAUACUGUUGAAAAAUGUUUGGUAAUCCACACAAAGCUGAUUGAUGGCACUUUGCCUGUAAUACAUUAAGGUCUGUCCCCGAAAAGGAUCUAAGGCGCUUUGAAGCAAAGUAAUGUAAAGAACUAAUACCUGUCUUUAACUGGGCAAUUUGUAUUUGUACGUAACUGCUUUACAUAUAAAAAUUACAUUGUUCAUUUAUUGCUAGGCAUAGAAGGUCAUUAUUUGAGCGGAUCCCUUAACCUUUUUCUUGGCCUUAUGGUUAAAGACGAGAGGUGGUGCAGGUUGCUUCUGUGGAACUGAGCCAGGUUGUUUGGGAGGCGGAGAGAGCUGAGCGUCUGGUCGUUUUUUGUAGUGGCAUCUCUUAUUAUAAUAAUGCAUAAGGUAGCAUGGGCAGAGGCUUACAAUCCAUGAUGUAAAUGUUCGUUUGUUGUGUUUUUUUUAUAUGUUCAUAUUAAAAUACAAUAAAAUUUAAAUAAUAUUUUAUUAAGCCUUGAAUCGCCUCCAGUUGUUCCUAUAGGCAAACAAGACAAUAAGAAGCUGUUGUGGACACCAGCACCUGAAGCUGAUGCCACUAAGGACUGGGAGGACUGGUUGAGGUGUAAGAUUAUGUCCUGUACCAAAAUGCUCAGAUCUGGGGACGUAUUUGAUGCCUGUUGAGGAUAAAACUGUAAAAUUUUAAAUGAUCGUAUUCUAACAGCUGUUAUUGACGUGUGGAAUUAAUUAAAGUCAG